AUGAGGAUGCGCCUCGAGCCUGCUUCCAACAUCGCCUCUCUGUACAAGAUCCAAACACGGAAAAUGGUCGCCUUCCGCUUCCUCCUUGCCCUCCUGCCUCUCGCGGUCGCGAUGCCGUCCUCGGACGGGCUUGAGGGCUACAACGCUCUCGUUCGCCGCCACUGCAUGGCGCCCAAGAACUGCGGCGCCGUGGUGCAGAACACGGCGUGCGACUAUUGCUGCGCCAAGGACGUGAAGCCCGACAGCACGGAAUGCAAGUCCGAAAACAACAAGGCUUGUGAGACCUCGGACAAGAAGGACGGCGUUCUCUUCAGCUGUGAUGCCAAUUGAGUCGCGGCCCAAGGGCUGGUGCGUCACGCUUUAGUUUCUCAUUCGGGAUUCCGAGAUAGCUGCUGACUAUGUGUAGCUGGUUCCGUUCUUUUGGGUCGGAAAACGGGUGCUGUCGAGGACGACGAGGGUUCAGGACGUCAAAGGCCAAAGGUUUCUAUACAAAUAAUCAAACGUAUUUCACUAUUUUACCUCUUGUGCGAGAAAAGGUCUUCAUUGCACUUUACGCGAGCGU